ACUCUUUCCUUCUCUUUCUCUUUGCUUCUCCGGCACCGGCGAAAGGUGAAGGGAGCGAGAAGAAUUACAGGCCACCAUGGUGAGUACUCGCAAGAACCCGACAAUUCGACCAAGUCUUGCAAGGCUAGAGGUGCUGAUCUCAGGGUUCAUUUCAAGAACACUAGAGAAACAGCGCACGCCAUCAGGAAGUUGCCAUUGUUGAAGGCAAAAAGAUACCUUGAAGAUGUUAUAGCUCACAAGCAAGCAAUACCCUUCACACGUUUUUGCCGUGGUGUGGGACGAACAGCUCAAGCUAAAAACAGGCAUUCUUAUGGUCAAGGUCGCUGGCCCGCCAAGUCUGCGAAUUUCAUUCUUGACUUGCUCAAGAACGCCGAGAGCAAUGCUGAGGUGAAAGGUUUGGAUGUAGAUGCUCUCUUCAUAUCUCACAUACAAGUGAACCAAGCACAGAAGCAAAGGCGUAGGACUUACCGUGCUCAUGGAAGAAUCAACCCUUACAUGUCAAACCCAUGCCACAUUGAGCUAAUCCUGUCAGAGAAAGAGGAGCCAGUGAAGAAAGAUCCUGAGACGCAAUUGGCUGCGAGCAACAAGUCAAAGAGAUCGUCUGCUUAAAUUUUGAACUGAGUGUAAGGUGUUUCAUUGUUCGUUUAGGCACUUGUACUCUAGCCUUGUCAUGUGAUUGAGGAACCCUAAUUAAAAUUCUUGGAUUCUCCUUAGUAGAGAUUUUUUUGUGUCUUCCCUCCACAAUUGGAUCGUGUACGUUACGAAUUAUUUUGGGGGUUAGAUUGUCAAAGUGAGUAGUAU